AUGGAGACUGAAAAUAACAAUCAAGAUAAGGCCAUGGAAGAGGAAAGCACAGAAAAGAAGAAAGAUGUAGAAAAAAAGAAGAGGUCUCGAGUUAAACAGGUGCUUGCUGAUAUUGCUAAGCAAGUGGACUUCUGGUUUGGAGAUGCUAAUCUUCACAAGGAUCGAUUUCUUCGGGAACAAAUAGAAAAAUCUAGAGAUGGAUAUGUUGACAUAUCAUUACUGGUAUCAUUUAACAAAAUGAAAAAAUUGACAACAGAUGGAAAACUAAUUGCCAGAGCAUUGAAAAGCUCAGCUGUGGUUGAGCUGGAUUUAGAAGGCACAAGGAUCAGAAGGAGAAAGCCCCUAGGUGAAAGACCCAAAGAUGAAGAUGAGCGGACUGUGUAUGUGGAAUUACUUCCAAAAAAUGUUAAUCAUAGCUGGAUUGAAAGAGUAUUUGGAAAAUGUGGCAAUGUUGUUUAUAUAAGCAUCCCACAUCUCUUAAAAGCAAAAAGGAAGCACAAGAAAAAACACAAGGAGCGGCAUAAAAUGGGAGAAGAGGUUAUACCGUUAAGAGUUCUAUCGAAGUGUGAAUGGAUGGAUUUAAAAAGGGAGUACUUAGCACUGCAAAAAGCCAGCAUGGCUUCUUUAAAAAAAACAAUAUCUCAAAUAAAAUCAGAGUCUGAAAUGGAAACAGACCUUAGUGAAUCUAAUAAAUCUGGAACGAAAAAUGAGAAAGCUAACAGUGAAGAAUGUCGCCCCCAGGAGGUUAAUUCGAUGGGACCACAAUUUGUGAGCGGAGUGAUUGUGAAGAUAGUUAGCACAGAGUCUCUACCUGGCAGGAAACAAAUCAGGGAUACUUUAGCAGCAAUCUCAGAAGUGGUUUAUGUUGAUUUACUUGAAGGAGAUACAGAAUGUCAUGUAAGAUUUAAGAUUCCAGAGGAUCAACCUCGAGAAAAGAAAAGAGGCACUGAGAAGUUAAUCACCAAAGCUGAAAAGAUCAGACUGGCAAAGACUCAACAAGCAAGUCAACAUAUUAGAUUUUCUGAAUAUGAUUGA